CUUUAUUUUCCCCAAUCUUUCUCCAGAGGGCUGUCACAAUGCCACGAUCAUUUCUGGUGAAGAUAAAGAAGACUUACCAUCAGGUUCGUCCCACCAAUGAUGAAGUGUUUCUCAAACUGGAGCCAGCACCAUCGCAUCCUGUUGAUUCACCUUCUUGGUCUCUGGGACACCGUGUAGAACCCAAGGCUGGGGUGAAAGGUCAUGACACCCAGCCUGGGUGGGAGGAGCUUCCAUGGGAGAACAGCACAGCCAAUGAGAGGGCAUCUCGAUGUCACAUGACCAAGGACACCACUUACACCUUCUCUUCAGAGUCAGCCUCUCUCGCCCCAAGCUCAGCCAGUGAUGAAGAUUGCAUCCUAUCCCCAGUCUCCACGCCUGGCUUCCCUUGGGAGCGAUUCCAGAACGUGUAUGAUCUGUGCCACCUCUCCUCCAGCUUUUCCUCCCCUCUCCUGAUGGAUAAAGCCGAUUUGUACGGAGCCCGCGUUUCGGGACCCUUGGAGAUUGACCAACCGAUCGACUACAGCACCCACUACAGCUCAGCAUCCAGCUCCUACAACUGCAUCAAGUGUAACAAGGUAUUCUCCACUGCCCAUGGUCUUGAGGUCCAUGUCAGGAGGUCACACAGUGGGAUUCGACCUUAUGCCUGUGAGCUGUGUGGGAAGACGUUUGGUCAUGGAGUCAGUCUGGAGCAGCACAUGAACAUUCACUCACAGGUACCCGGCACGGACUGUGUAACAACAUCAAAGGUCGGGGGGGGCUUCGGGAUGAGUAACAUCCAAACACACCGGGGUUGGGGAAGAGGGCAUAGUGGGGGAGGGGGCUACACACCAGUGAGAGUCAGCCCCUUCAGGAGCGGGUGGGGGACCCCAUAUCCUAGUGAGAGUCAGCCCCUUCAGGAGCGGGUGGGGGACCCCAUAUCCUAGUGAGA